ACAAAAAAAAAAAGGCAUUUUCCAAUUUUUUUUUUUAAUCACCGUAGGCGACGGAGUAAAUUUGCUCUCACGCUCGCCCGUUGCCGUUUCGUCUCCCUGGACGCCUCACCAGUGUUCAGAUUCAUUGUGGCAACUUUUAAGCGGAGGAGCGAGAGAGGGCCUUUGUAAGACAGAAGGUGUACGGAGAUUAGUUUCACAUUUCUAGUUGUUGAUUUUUGCAGCUUCUUUUCGGUGAAUUUGUAAAAUGUGAUGUCUAAUCUCCCAAGGCAGAAAUAAGUAAAAAAAAAAAAAAACCCCGUCUAAAAAGAUCGUUUUUUAGCAUGCACAACGAACACUCUCACCAAGUGAAGACUCGUCAAAAUGGCAGUAGCCAUCACUCAACUCCACGGAGGAUUCAAGCCGCUACCCCGCCCCCCGAAAGUCGACCGCCAGUCCUUCACUCAUCUUGACUUCCAAAAAAUGCUCGACUUUCCUCUAGAACAUUCCUUCAACUUGACCUACAUCCACAAGAGCUUCUCCACUCCAUGCCUAUCCCACCCUUCUAAACUCGAUGAAAACACAAAAGAUUCCACAAUCGAAAUUAUCGUGGGCAAAACUGCGCCACGUGUGCACACACUAGUGGUCGAAGUUGCAGUAGCUAUGGCCUACGGCUUAAGCCCUGAGCCAGCUUCGAACGGGCUUAGUGGGGCCUACUUCUUGCACGCAGAAAACGGAGAAACUAUAGCUGUUGCAAAGCCCGUCGAUGAAGAAGCUGGCAUGAAGAAUUCGAUAAGGGUAGGCGAAACGGGCCUUCGUGAAUCGGCUGCUUAUCUUCUUGACCACGAUGGCUUUUCGGGGGUCCCGCCUACUGCGUUGGUCAAAUUCUCUCACGUCGAAUUCGAUUUAACUAGGUCGAAAUUGGAUCGGCCCCCACCUUAUAAAAUCGCGUCGCUUCAAAGAUUCGUGGACCAUGAUUCCGAUGCGGGUGAUUUGGGCCCAUCUAGCUUUUCGGUUACUUCUGUGCACCAUAUUGGCAUACUCGAUGUUAGAUUGAUGAAUCUUGAUAGGCAUGCAGGGAAUAUUCUUGUGAGGCAAGGAAGAAACGAGAAAGCCGAGCUGGUGCCGAUUGAUCAUGGGUUUUGCUUGCCUGAGUCGCUCGACGACCCGUAUUUCGAGUGGCUGCAUUGGCCGCAGGCUUCGGUGCCCUUUUCCGAGGGCGAAGUUGACUAUAUAUCGAGUCUUGAUAUGUAUAAAGAUGCGGAGCUUUUGAGGAACGAGCUUCCGUCUAUUAGGGAGUCUUCGAUUAGGGUUCUUAUGCUCUGCACCGUGUUUCUCAAGGAAGCAACUGCUUACGGUAUGUGCCUUUCCGACAUAGGCGAAAUGAUGACUAGAGAGUUUCGUGGAGGGGAGGAGAAUUGGAGUUCGUUGGAGAAGUUGUGCUUGAUUGCUAUGGGAGUAAAUGACGAUAAUACCCCUCACGCCACAAAAUGUAUAUCUUUCCAGGACUUGGAUGAUGAGGAGUGGGAGUCGUUUUUGGAGAUUUUCGAAAAGCUUUUGCCGAAAGCUUUUGAGAAGAGAAAAUCGGUCGGUUUAUCGGAGUUUGGAAACUGAUCGUAAGUAUCGAAUGCGUGUGUAUAAUAAGUAACGAGGAAAAGGGAUAAGGCGAGAGAUGCCAUCCUUUCCGUUUAAGGCUAUGUGUACCUAUUAUAGUUCCUUCUGUGUUAUGUUCUGUUUUUUUCGGUUGUUUGUUUGUUUGUUUCGUACGAAGUUUAUGUUCUAACCUCGGACUCGGUUUUUUCUAUAUAAGACCUUGUAAGGGUACUUAACUGUAGCAAAAUAUUGCAUAUUAGGAUGAGUUGUGAAACAAGACAACCUAUUACAAUAGCUGCUUAUAUUAGGUAUUUGUCCU